AUAGGAGGAGGGGGGAGUUGCUGCUAUUUCUCCUGUAAUAAUUCCACCGUAUUCCCACUGAAGGUUUCUCGGCAAUGGAGCCUAUGAAGGCUUCUCUGCAACAGAAAUCAUCUCAUGGUGGAUGGAGAUCGGCCAGAUACAUCAUUGGAGUCGAAAUUGCUGAAAGGUUUGCUUAUUACGGCAUGAUGGGGAACCUCUUCACCUAUCUCACCCAGUCCCUUGGUGAGUCCAAUGCAACAGCAGCCAAGAACGUGAAUAUCUGGUUUGGAGUAUCGACUCUCCUUCCCUUGUUAGGAGCUGUGAUUGCUGAUUCCUACUUGGGUCGUUUCAAGACUAUCUUCAUCUCAUCUUUGAUCUAUCUACUGGGAUUGGGUCUGUUGACAUUCUCAGUGUCGAGUGCAGUUUCAUCACAAAUUCGGCCACCAUUGGUCUUCUUAUCUCUCUACAUCGUCUCAGUUGGGGCAGGCGGGCACAAGCCGUGUACUCAAACAUUUGGGGCGGAUCAAUUUGAUGAAGAUGAUCCAGAAGAGAAGAAAGCCAAGAGCUCAUUCUUUAACUGGUGGUACUUUGGGCUGAGUGGCGGAGCCAUGGCAGCGUUGUUGAUAGUAACUUACAUCCAGGACAACAAGGGAUUUACUCUUGGCUAUGGAAUUACAGUCGCAGCCAUGGUGGUUGCGCUUGUUUUGUUUUUGUUCGGACGACAGACGUAUAGGCAGCCGGCGCCGAAUGGGAAUGCAUUAACUCGAGUAGCACAGGUGUUUGUUGCUGCUGGCCGGAAGUGGCGAUUGUCUGCUCCGAAGGAAGAAGGCCAAGGAAUAAAUAGUAUUGAAGAAGGGAGGAGAGUUGGUGUGGCCAUGAACAAUCAGCCCAUGAGUCGAACCCUGGCUCCUACCAAUCAAUUCAGGUUUCUGGACAAAGCAACAAUCAUAGACGAUGUGGAUUUCUUGAACAACUGUAGAAACAAAUGGAGGCUUUGCACAGUGACCCAAGUAGAAGAAGUGAAGCUCCUCCUUCGCUUGGUUCCAAUCUGGUUCAGUGGUUUGAUGUACGCCGUGGUAUUCGCCCAGAUCAAUACCUUCUUCGUUAAGCAAGGUAGCACAAUGGACAGAAGGAUUGGAUCCAAGUUUCUUGUACCUUCUGCAUCACUUCAAGUCUCAAUUCCCCUAGUCAUCAUCUGUUUCGUGCCGAUAUACGACCGGAUUUUUGUUCCGAUUGCAAGAAGAUUCACCGGAAUUCCAACUGGUAUAAGAAUGCUACAGAGGAUCGGAAUUGGCCUGGUCAUUUCGAUAAUCGGAAUGGUCGUGGCAGCUCUGGUAAAGGCCAGAAGGAUUCAGAUCAGCAAAGAUCAUGGACUGGUUGAGCAACCAAAAGCACCCUUGCCCAUGAGCGUGUGGUGGCUACUUCCACAGUAUAUGGCUUGGGGAGUUUCAGACGUAUUCACAGUGAUCGGACUGACUGAACUCUUCUACGAUCAGAUGCCGGAGGACAUGCGCAGCGUUGGGUCUGCAGCUUUCCUUAGCAUAUUUGGCGUUGGAAGCUUACUGAGCAGUGGAAUCAUAUCCAUUGUGCAGUCGAUCAGCUCAAGGCAUGGAGAAGAAUGGCUGAGCAACAAUCUUAACGAGGCACACCUUGACUAUUACUAUUGGGUGCUAGCAGGGCUGAGCUCUCUGUGGCUUGGGCUGUAUAUGGUUAUAGCCAAGUUGUUUGUUUACAGAAAAAUCCAUACUGAUGCUCUUCAUAGAGGUUUUGAUGGAUGAUUGGCUGUUGCCCUGUUGGUUUCUUUUGGGCCUUUUGGGCCCAUCCAGAUAGAAGUGCAGUGCACUGGUCUUGUAGUUGUAGACAUAGCAAAUAAUGGGCCAAAGGGUAAUAGAAAAUAAUAAUUUUAUAUCAA